AUGGCCGAGAUGAGCUCCGUGAUGGUUAACUUAAAGGCCGGCGAACCACCCCCGAAUGGAUCAGCGGUGAUGAUGAAGCGGGUUGAAAGCCGGUUCUUCGAAGCUCAGAACCGAUCUCCGUUCACAAAGAGACCACCGGUGAAAGUUGAGUUUCGAGACUUGACGUACACCGUACAGGAAGGCUACCUCUGCAGAAAAAAGGAUCAGAAAUUAAUCCUAAAGAACAUAGAAGGGAAGUUCGUGUCCGGUGAAUUAUCAGCAAUAAUGGGUCCCUCUGGAGCUGGGAAAUCUUCACUCAUGAACCUGUUAGCUGGCUACAAGACAAGGUCGGUGAAAGGUCAGAUCUACAUUAAUGGUAAAGAGCGUGAUCUUCGUACAUUCCGCAAGAUGUCUUGCUACAUAAUGCAGGACAAUCACCUCCUGCCAAAUCUCAGCGUUAUGGAGGCCAUGAUGGUGGCUGCAAAUCUCAAACUGCCACAGAAAAUGAGUUCAUCAGAAAAGAAAUUGGCGGUUGAGGAAAUCUUAAGUCUACUUGGUUUAUCAGAGAGUACUAAAACAAGGACCAAAAAUCUGUCUGGUGGACAGAUGAAAAGAUUAUCUAUAGCUCUGGAACUUGUCAACAAUCCACCAAUCAUGUUUUUUGAUGAACCCACAAGUGGUUUGGACAGCUCAUCAUGUUUACAGUGUGUGUCUUUACUGAAGUCUUUAGCCAGAGAUGGUCGAACUGUGAUUUGUACGAUACAUCAGCCAAGUGCUAAACUAUUUGAAAUGUUUGACAAGGUAAUUAUAGAAGUCUCGUGCGGAGAGUACGGCAAUCAUCUUCCAGUCCUUGUCAAUGCUGUGCGAAACGGCCGAUGUGAAGCGUUUCACAGGCAGUACCAGUUACAGUUAAAGGCUCAAGAGAUCAUUGAAGUGACCUGUGGCGAGUACGGCACCCAACUACCGAUGUUGGUUGAUGCGGUUAAAGAUGGACGAUGUGCAUCUUUUGAUCGUCAAUAUCAACGACAGCAAAACCGACCACAGAGUAUAUACGAUAAUUACACGCCUCCCACGUCAGCGUCGCCGUCAUCGCCGACAACUCCAAAUCAGCCGAAUGGAAUCCUUAUUGGUUCCAGUAGUGCAGAGAGUUUUGAAAGUAAAGGAACCGGUGACCCUUCACCUUCAGUAGAGACUGAUGUUCAAGUGGAUGUCAAACAUACAUUUGCUACAAGUUCAUUUUUACAAUUCUGUAUACUGUUUCACAGAACAUUCCUCACAAUAAUCAGGGACCAGGUGUUAACACAGAUGCGUAUCUUAUCACACAUAGUGAUCGGCAUCAUGAUUGGAUUGUUGUACCUUGACAUUGGCAAUGACGGCAAUAAAGCUUACAGUAACUGUGGAUCUCAUUUCUUCUCUAUACUUUUCUUGAUGUUCACCGCUCUUAUGCCAACCAUUCUAACAUUUCCGGUGGAGAUGGCAGUCUUUGUGAAAGAACAUAUGAAUUACUGGUAUAGCUUGAAAGCAUACUAUCUUGCUAAGACUAUGGCUGAUGUACCAUUUCAAAUUCUCUUUCCGAUGAUCUACGCUGCUAUUGUUUACUGGAUGACAUCACAACCAUCAGACGCUGUACGAUUUAUUUUAUUUCUCUGUAUCAUUACCAUGACGGCACUGGUGGCACAAUCACUGGGACUCUUCAUAGGAGCAGCCUCUACAUCUGAACAGGUCGCCACAUUUGCGGGUCCUGUUACCGCAAUACCGAUUCUUCUGUUCUCAGGAUUCUUCGUGUCGUUUGACACUAUUCCACCCUACUUACAGUGGAUUUCGUAUUGUUCGUAUGUACGCUAUAGUUUUGAGGGCGUGCUUAUAAUUAUCUAUGGCAUGGACCGUGGUGCAUUAGACUGUCACGAAGAAGUACAUUGUCUGUUUCCGAAUGCCGAAGAUGUACUCCGAGGACUAGAUGUUGAAGACGGGAAACUUUACAUCGAUUUUAUUGCUCUCUUUGGCUUCUUCAUCUUUUUCAGACUCUGUGGGUAUUUUGUUUUACGAUAUAAAUUGAAAGCCGAGCGAUAAACAAUUUGGUUUAUCGAACCAUGCAUCGUUAAAAGUUCU